AGUGGAGAGGGCAGAAUGGCACUUUGUGAUAGGUCGGUUGUAGCGGUGGAGCUCAAACAAUAUCAGCGCGGACGCCGGAGCUGCCUGCCACAGCUCUACCCAAUUUCUAAAGCAGCCCAGCUCUGGCGCAGGCAACACGUUAACACUCCAACUAGCCAGUCGAACAACAAGAAGUGCAGCAAAAUGUCGCCUCCCGAAAAGGGCACGGAGAAAGAGCAGGCUGUGCAAAUGAGCCUUCUAGAGGCAGGUGUGGCUGAGGGCGCCAAUGACAGCCUCCAAAAUGGGAACGCACCAUACAACCCUCAUUUGCAUCGACAACUUGUGCAUCCAACUACAAACAAGGAGACGUUGAUUCACUUGCUUAAAGGAAGUUUGGGAACUGGAAUCCUGGCUAUGCCGUUUGCUUUCCACAACGCAGGUCUUAUUCUCGGCUUGUUUGGCACAAUUUUCAUCGGAUCCCUCUGUACCUACUGUCUUCAUGUCCUGGUCCGUUGUCAGUACAAACUUUGUAGUCAAAUGAAGAUUCCUGUUUUGAGCUACCCCAUGACGCUCCAAGUUGCACUUGAACAGGGACCUCCGUUUUUGAGAUGGGCAGCUCCAUUCGCAAGCCACCUCAUUAACUUCUUCCUCAUCGUUUACCAGUUAGGAAUUUGCUGCGUUUACAUAGUCUUUGUGGCCUCCAACAUUAAAGAGGUUAUCGACGUUUACGUGGAGUCGAGUCUUGAUUUGCGGUGGUACAUGCUUGCGCUUCUGUUACCACUGAUCUUGCUAAAUUAUGUGCGCAACUUGAAGUUGCUCGCGCCGUUCUCAACUGUAGCUAAUUUGCUUACUUUUGUGGGACUGGGACUGGUACUUUACUUUGUUUUUGCUGAAGGUCUACCCGGACUUGAAGAUAGAAAACUCGUUGGAUCAGUUCAAGGAAUUCCAUUGUUCAUAGGAACAACACUUUUUGCCCUGGAGGCGGUGGGAGUUAUUCUUGCUCUGGAAAAUAACAUGAAAAAACCCGCGUCUUUCGGUGGAUACACUGGCGUGUUUAACCAGGCAAUGAGCAUUAUUGUAGCACUUUACGCCGGAGUGGGAGCGUGUGGCUACCUGAAGUACGGCGCUGAUGUCAAAGGAAGCAUUACUCUCAAUUUGCCAAAUGAAAGCGUUCUCGCCCAGGCAGUGAAGAUCAUGUUUUCCUUGGCGAUUUUCAUCACUUACGCCCUUCAGUGCUAUGUUCCCGUUGACAUCAUUUGGAACAACUAUCUCAAAUCCAAGUACGAAAAGCACUCUAAGUCACUGCUCAUCGAGUUGGGAGUGCGGACAAUGUUGGUCUUGACCACAUUUGUUCUGGCAGUCGCUGUUCCACGGUUGGAACUGUUCAUCUCUCUGUUUGGAGCUCUGUGCCUGUCGGCGCUUGGUUUGUGUUUCCCAGCACUCAUUGAAAUGUGCGUUGAAUGGAGGAACAGUCCUGGCCCUUUCUUGUACCUCAAGGAUCUGCUCAUCUUCAUAUUCAGCUUAGUGGCGUUGGUUAUUGGCACAUCUCUAAGUCUCAAAGAAAUCGUUCACUCAUUCCAGGAACCUUGAACAAAUCAUGUGUGUUUCGACCAACAAUUUGUACCAGGAGCAGCACUCGUUAUCAAAUAACAAAAAAAUUAAAAAUUAUUGUUUUAAAUGAACUUUUUUAUUAAGAUCCAUAUUUUAUGUUAUCUUUAUUAUUGUUUGAAAUAUUGCUAUGAAUAUUUAAAUAUUUUAAAUGAUCUUGGAGAAUGGCAGUUAUGAGCGGAACUUCAGCUCCAGCUGUUAUUUUAUGCUGUGCGGACAUGACUUUUUAGUUGUUUUUUAAAAUUUACUUUAAUGAUGAGCAGGAAACAACCUCUAAAAUUCUUACGCAGUGUCAUUUAAUAAAGGAACAUAUAUGGAAGCCGACUGUAUAGCUUGGCUUCUAGUCUAGUGCGUUGCAUAAUUAUUAAUUUGUUUAUUUGAAGUAUUACAAAUCAUCUAUGUCCUCUUUUCUUCAAAGAUCUGUAAAUUCUUGAAGUAAUUAUUUUUCACUUGCUUUGAUGAAUUUCAUGCCUGUGUAACUCUCAUUGCUUUACAUACUUCACAAUUUUAUCCAGCGUAAAUUUGAAAAUAAAAAUAAGUUGGCCAAAUUUACGCAGGUUGAUAUAUUAAAAUUAACACUAUUCAAACUGUACAAAUUAAUACACUUUGGUGUGCAAACUGUUAAAAAUGAAGAAAUUGAACACUCAGAUAACUCUCUGUAAAUCAUUCUUCUUAGUAUUGUGAGAUUACGUUGCUGUCAUAAAUGAUGAAAAAGGAAAAUAUAAGUUUUUAAGUAAAAA